AUGCUUGGAUAUUGGAAGGCGAGUUUAGAGAGGUCUGACAAGGUGUUAUUUCUUAAGUACGAGGAUCUUAAAGGUGAUACAAUAAGUCAUGUUAAGAAGUUGGCUGAAUUUGCUGGGGUGCCAUUUUCUCCCCAAGAGGAAAGUGAUGGUGCCAUACAAGAGAUUAUACAACUUUGCAGCAUUAAAAACUUGAAAGAAUUGGAGGUUAAUAAGAUUGGAGUUUUUAACAAGUACUAUGACAAGAAGAGUUAUUUUAGGAAGGGGGAAGUGGGAGAUGGGAUCCACCAUUUCACACCUAGUAUGGCCGAGAGAAUGAAUAAACUCAUGCAACAAAAAUUUGAAGUUACUGGUUUGUGA